UCUUCUCCCAUCCAAUUUCACCCCCAAAUUGAAAAUGCUCUCUGCUGCUUCUCCUCUUACUCUUCCGCCUCUACCGGCCAGAUCCUCUCCCCGGGAGUUUACACGUGUCAGAUUCCGACCACCACAGGCUUUCUCCUCCACUGCCACCGCCUCUUCCACUGCCUACGCCUCUAGAGAGGACACCGCCUCGCCGUAUCUCAACCUUCAAAGAAUGACCUCCUGUACUUCUCUCUACGAGGUCCUUGGGAUCCCUACUGGAGCUUCUUUUCAGGAGAUCAAAUCGGCAUACCGACGUCUUGCCAGAGUUUGCCAUCCGGAUGUAGUGGCCGUCGACCGGAAAGACUCAUCGGCCACUGAUUUCAUGAAGAUCCAUGCCGCUUAUUCCACUCUGUCUGAUCCUGAGAAACGCGCCGAUUACGAUCGGAAGCAUCUCCGCCGUUAUCGUCCUGUGGCUUCGGUGCGGAUGGCUUCAGGUUUCACUGGCUACACUCGUCGUAAUUGGGAGACGGAUCAGUGCUGGUAACGAGUUGAUUCACCGAGUGAUUGAAGUCGAAACUAAAAUGAUCGGAGUUUGUGAACUAUAUGAUGAUUGAUAGUUAGGGCUAAAUCGGAAUCAGAGAGCGCCUAAAUCGGAAUCAGAUUCGGAACCUCUGCUGUGAUUCGUACAUAUAACGGAAUAAUCCAAACGGCGCAAAUGAUUCGAGAGAUGGACUAUUAUGAUCCGUGGAGGGAUCGAAGCUUUUCUGCAACUCACCAGCGCUUGACAACGAGUGAGAUUUGCUUCAGAUCUUUAGGAAAAAUCGCGAGGAAGAAAUUUCUAGUUCUCGAAAAUCAAAUCACCAAGUAAACAACAAACAGAGGAAAAUGCAUAUAUCUUUUCCUAGUUUUCCUUUGGAUCUGUAUAAUUCUUGGGUUUGUCCAGUUUGGAUUUCAGUGAAAUAGAAGUAAAGAAAAUCUAAAACUCAAAA